CGGGGUGUAGGAAAGGGGGAGUGAAUGUUGGGACGCGGCCCGUCCUCUCAGGUAAACAGGCUGAACUUUCUCCCUCCGCCCGACGACACCAAACUUCAGUAAACGGUUAGGAUGAAAUAAAGUGACGGAUUCUUAGAGGAGGGAGAAACGGAGGUGGACGACGGUCAGACUCAGAGGUCAGCAUGUUGUUUCCGUGACGACAGCCGUGCUGGGUUCAGGUUCACUUUGGACUCUUCCUGCGACGCGCUGGCGUUUCUGUCCCCUGCUCGGUCAGCUGUUACCCGUCUGUCAGUAUGCAUUUGACCUAUCAGAAGCUGCCGGCUCAGCUGAGGCGGAGUCCCAGACUCAGGAAGCUGACAGCCAUGCUGCUCGCCGCCUACGCCAUCAAAAAACUGUCCCCGUAUGUCUGGAGGAGGAUACAGAGGAGUGCAGCAGGUAAAAAGGUGGGUGGAGCUAACCUCCCUGUGGGUGUGGUCACCUGCAGCUCUGUGGAAAACAGUGGAGGGAAGAAGAGUCGUCACAGCAGGUCUCCGUCAGUGAACAGGGAGUUCGUCCUCAGACUGUCUCGUCUGUUGAAGCUCUUGUUUCCACGGUUACUGUGUCCAGAGGUCGGUCUGUUGGUCCUGCACUCUGCGACCCUGAUGUCCAGGACCUUCCUGUCCAUCUAUGUGGCUGCUCUUGAUGGUGCGAUAGUGAAGUGUAUUGUACAGAAGGAUCCUCAGGCCUUCGUGCUGCAGCUCUCUAAGUGGCUCCUCGUCGCGGUUCCUGCAACUUUCAUCAACAGUGCCAUCAGGUUCCUGGAAGGUCAGCUGACCCUCAGCUUCAGGAGCCGAUUGGUCAACCACUCCUAUCAGCUGUACUUCACCAACCAGACUUAUUACCGAGUCAGUAACAUGGACGGUCGUCUGUCCAACCCUGAUCAGUCCCUCACUGAGGACAUCGUCAUGUUUUCUGCCUCCAUCGCUCACCUCUACUCCAACCUGACCAAACCCAUCCUGGACGUGGUGGUGACCUGCUACACCCUGCUGCGCACCGCUCAGUCUAAAGGAGCAAACACCACAUGGCCGUCGGUCAUCGCCGGCCUGGUGGUGGCGCUCACCGCCAAAGUCCUGCGCUCCUGCUCGCCUCGGUUCGGGAAACUGGUGGCCGAGGAGGCGAAGAGGAAAGGAGACCUGAGAUACAUGCACUCACGCAUCAUUGCCAACUCUGAGGAGAUCGCGUUCUAUGGAGGACACAAGGUGGAGAUGGCCCAGCUGCAGAGGAGCUACAUGUCCCUGUCGUCUCAGAUCCAUCAGAUCCUGCUGAAGCGACUUUGGUACGUCAUGCUGGAACAGUUCCUCAUGAAGUAUGUUUGGAGCGCCUCCGGUCUUGUGAUGGUCGCCGUGCCCAUCAUCACCGCCACGGGAUACUCAGAAUACGACUCUGAGGAGGUGAAGCAGGCGGCCAUGGUGAUGAAGGAGGAGGAGUUGGUGAGCGAGAGGACGCAGGCCUUCACCACAGCCAGGAACCUCCUGAACGCUGCAGCCGACGCUGUGGAGAGGAUCAUGAGCUCGUACAAGGAGGUGACAGAGCUGGCAGGUUACACAGCUCGGGUCUCUGAGAUGUUGGACGUGUUUGAAGACGUGAAUCAGGGAAUCUACCAUCGGUCUGCAGACAGAGAGGAGGCGCUCGCUGCAGGAGGAGCAGGAGGAGGAGGAGGAGCUGUGGUUCAGCACGGUCAGAGAGUCUGUGGCCGACUGGAGGUCAGAGGUAAUGCUCAGCGACACUGCUGUUCAUCACGGAGGCUUUCAGGGCUCUGGAUUCAGUUUCUCAUGUGGUUGUCAUGUUGUUGUCUGUGUGCAGGUCAGGUGAUCAGUGUGGAGAAGGGGAUUCGCUGUGACAACCUGCCAAUCAUCACACCGACAGGAGACGUGGUUGUGUCCAGCCUCAAAAUCCAGGUGGAUGAGGGGAUGAAUGUGUUGAUCACUGGUCCAAACGGCUGUGGGAAGAGUUCUUUGUUCAGGAUCCUCAGUGGACUGUGGCCUGUUUAUGGAGGAGUCCUGUACCGUCCAGAACCCCAGCACAUGUUCUACAUCCCACAGAGGCCCUACAUGUCAGAGGGGACGCUGAGGGACCAGGUGAUCUAUCCAGACUCAGUGGAGGAGAUGGUUCAGAGGAGGGUCACUGAUUCAGACCUGGAGACGAUCCUUCAGACUGUCCACCUGGUCUACAUCCUGGACCGAGAGGGAGGCUGGGACUCUGUCAGAGACUGGAAGGACGUUCUGUCCGGAGGAGAGAAGCAGAGGAUGGGGAUGGCUCGUAUGUUCUACCACCGCCCUCGGUACGCUCUGUUGGAUGAAUGUACGAGCGCUGUCAGCAUCGACGUGGAGGGAAGCAUCUUCCAGGCUGCAAAGGAUGCUGGGAUAGCUCUGCUGUCAAUCACACACAGACCCUCCCUGUGGAAGUACCACUCUCACCUCCUUCAGUUUGAUGGCGAAGGAGGAUGGAGGUUUGAACCUCUGGACGCCUCCACCCGUCUCUCUCUGCAGGAGGAGAAGCAGCGUCUGGAGAACCAGCUGUCUGGGAUUCCCAAGAUGCAGCAGAGGCUGGCGGAGCUGUGUGUCCUGCUGGGGGAGAGAGAGGGGGAGGCAGAGGGGGGGGGGGAGGAGUCGCUCCCCCGAGUUUAAACCGGGAUGGAAGAAAUGUGCUGUUUUUACUGGUUACCAUGGAAACACGCACACAGCAGGCCUCUCAUGUGACUGAGACUGAGCUCGAGUUCGACGUGUUCUAACUGAUGUGAGAUCAGUUUCCAUGUGGCUGUGAAGGAUUUCUCUGAUCACUGAUCUCUGAUCAGUCUGAUCACAUGAUCACGCCUUCAUCUGGAAACGUGCUGAAGAGUCAGUCAGUCACCUGACUGAGGUCAUGUGACACUGCAGGUGAUUUUUAAAUUGUGCCAUUUUAAUCUUUUACAGUUUGUACAAUCAGAUGUUUUUACUGGUUCGUCUUAUAGAAACUUUAUUAUUAUAAUAAUUAUGAGAAACAAUCAGCUGAUCAAUAAACUGCUGCUGAAGAGUGUGAAUAGAAAACAGGAAAGAUGGGAAAUGAGCUGAGAGUCUGAUGAAGAUCAGAAAAUAAAACUAAUCAGGAAGACAACCUGUCUGUGUUG